AUGGAGCCAGAGGUGAGCAGCUGUUCUCCAGCGGUGUCCACAACCGCCCGCACCCCCUGCCUCCCCGGGCACCCGUGCGGACCCCGCCCCGCUCUCCGCACCCAACUUUGUGCCCGGUUCCCGGACCCUCCGGCGGUGAGUCCGCCCCGCUGCCCCGGGACACCCAGCCCGCACCCCGAGCCGCCGCUGGCUGCGGGAUCUUUGCUGCUCUCCGCUAGUUUGCGGGUGCGGAGUGAAGGGGCGGAGAGCGACCGCGUCCCGCACCGGACUGCGUGGAAACUGCGGGAGCCGCUCGGAAACGGACGGCAGUACCGAGGAUCAGUGAGCACAAGGGAGCAGCCCCAGUCCAGCUCUGCACGGAUCACCGAGCCGAUGGAAGGGAGCGGCCAAAACAGUUCCAGGGCCUGGCCAACGAUGGCUGUCGACCAGUCCGGCAGUCAGGACGCCCCCUCCAUGGUGGAGAGCACCAAGCUGCUGGGAGUGCAGGUGACCCUCAUCACAGCGUACGCAGUCAUCAUCCUCCUGGGGUUGGUGGGGAACUCGCUGGUCAUUCACAUGAUCGUGAAAUACAAAACCAUGCGCACGGUCACCAACUUCUUCAUUGCCAACCUGGCACUGGCUGACCUGAUGGUAGACACUCUCUGCCUCCCCUUCACCCUGGUCUACACGCUCCUGGACGAAUGGAAACUGGGAGCACUGCUCUGCCACCUGGUGCCCUACUCCCAGGCGCUGAGUGUCCACGUGUCCACGCUGACCCUGACGGUGAUCGCCCUGGACCGCCACCGCUGCAUUGUCUACCACUUGGACAGCCACAUCUCCAAGAAGAUCAGCUUCGUCAUCGUGGCAGUGACCUGGCUGGUGUCGGCUGUGCUGGCCGGACCGCUGGCCAUCUUCCGGGAGCACAAGCUGGUCGAGCUGCAGCCCAUCAACGUGCAGAUGGUGGUGUGUUCGGAGAAGUGGCCCAACAGUGACGCCCAAAACGGCUCCAUCUACAGCAUCACCAUGUUCAUCCUGCAGUACGCACUGCCCCUGCUGAUCAUCAGCUACGCCUACACGAGGAUCUGGAUCAAGCUGAAGAAGCACACGAGCCCAGGCAUGAGGAAGGAUGCCCACUACCGGCGCAGGCAGACCACCAAGAUGCUGGUGAUGGUGGUGGUGGUGUUUGCCAUCUGCUGGCUGCCCUUCCACCUCUUCCAGCUGCUCAGUGACCUGGACGGCCGGUUCCUGCAGCUCAGGGAGUACAAGCUGCUCUACACUGUCUUCCACGUGGUGGCCAUGUGCUCCACCUUCGCCAACCCCCUGCUCUACGGCUGGAUGAACAGGAACUACCGCAAAGGGUUCAUCCACUUCUUCCGCUGCGGUAGCAGGCAGGACACCCCUGGGGCCGGAACCUCGGUCAAGGCCCGGCUGCGCCCCUUCCGGGCUGAAGUCCAGGACGGCAGCCUUGGUAACGUGCCGGGAGGGGCUCAGAUCCCAGCCACCAACGUGUAG